AAGUCGCCGCCCUAACAAGGUCGCUGCACAAUUCCGAUUGUGUACACAAAACCUGAGAGGAUGACCCCAACUCCCAAAGAGGAAGCUGUGUUGGAAAAGACAGACGGUUGAACGCCAAAGGGGUCAAGCGCCUUGGCGAGGUUAAGGUGGUUUCGUCAGCCUGCGGGUUUGGAGAGCCUCGUGGCUUCAUCUUCAUCAUCUUUAUCUUCAUCUUCAUCUUCAUCCAACCACCUUUAUCCACAACCCCGACGCACCAACUCACAAGUCUCGAGCGCCUCUUGAGAGCCCACCUUGAGCUUCAUUCAACACACACCACCUCGCCACAAUGGCCAAGCAAAAGACCGCGCCCGUCGCCUCAUCAGCACAAGCCAGCGAUGGCGGCGCCCCGGCAGACCAGCAGCAGCAGGCCGGAAGUGGCCGCCCGGCGACGCAGCUCGAGCAGCUGGCCGGGCUUCUCGUGCCCCCGGCUUGGGCUCGCCGGAUCAUCUUCGUCGCCGUCAUCAUCUACCUCACGCCGAUGCUCCUCGCCCACUGGGUCGAGACGUCAACAAGGAUCAUCAGGUUCAUCCAGUCAUUCACAUCGGGCAGAUGAUGACGGUCGAGCACCGGGAGCUCGGAAUUAUCCCAUGUUUUUCUUCUUUCAUUUCUUUCAUUUCUUUCAUUUGGCAUGGUUCUUCUCUAGCGUUUUGUGUAUACUUCAGAAACGGGAAUAUCACGUUGCCACAACCAGGUUGCGCACCACAUGUUUGGGGUUAGAAGGAGAGAAAGAGAGAGAGAGAGAGAGAAAGGAGUUUACCUUGGUCAACUAGUUUCAGAGCCGCAGACCAGUCUAAAAUCACUAAUCAACACGUCUGGAAGCAACCCGCCCUCCCUCCCCC